CCAAUUCGUGCGGGUGGCUUUUGGAUUUUGUUUAUAAGCCCGACAGAUGGGACUGAUAACAUCAUUCCAACGAAAGUAAUCAAACACUAAGUACAAGCAACACACUUCUUUGUGUCACAAAUCAACAACAAAUCAAGCAGUAAAAUGGCUUUCCUCAAGUAUACAAUUGUCGUCUGCUUAGCGCUCGUCGGCGUCGCUCAAUGCGCUUUGUUGCGCGCCGCGCCAGCGCCAGUCGCCUUCGCCGCACCCGCACCGGUCGUGCCCAUCAACACCGAGGUUGAUCCACAUCCACAAUACGCUUUCGCCUACAACGUGCAGGACGCACUAACCGGCGACAGCAAGAGCCAACAGGAGGUGCGCGAUGGUGAUGUGGUUAAGGGCUCCUACUCCGUCUUGGACGCUGAUGGUUCACUGCGUACCGUCUUCUACACCGCCGAUCCAAUCAAUGGUUUCAACGCUGUGGUGCAACGCGGUCCACCCGCGCCUGUGUUGGCCGCCAAGCCCGUUGUGCCACUUGCAGCAGCGCCACUGCCAGCUCGCUUCAUCCAAGCCAAGCCAAGCGGCGGCCCAAUGCUUGAACUUUUUCUCGAAAUUUUUAACCACAGAGUAAUUUCAUUUGUCAAACGCAACAGUCAAGCAAUCAUGGUACAAAAGUUCAUCAUUCUUAGCGCUUUGGUGGCCGCCGCCAGCGCCGUCGCAGUCCUGCCAGCACCCGGGUACGCCGGACUGGGGUUGCCCGCGCUGCCCGCCUUGCCUGCACUGCCAGCUUUGACGAAGUACGCCGCGCCUGUGUUGCCCGCCAUCACCAAAUACGCCGCGCCACUUGCCGUCGCCAAGGUAGCCGCUCCCGAGCCAUACGAUCCCAAUCCACAAUAUAGCUUCAGCUACGAUGUACAUGAUGGUUCAACCGGUGAUGUAAAGAGCCAACAGGAACAGCGCAGCGGUGAUGUGGUGCAGGGCGCCUACUCGCUCAUUGAACCCGAUGGUACUCGCCGUAUUGUUGAAUACGCCGCCGAUCCAGUGCACGGUUUCAAUGCAAUCGUUCGUCGCGAACCACUCGCUGUUAAGGCCGUCGCUCCAGUUGCCAAGAUUCUAGCUCCAGCUCCUCUGUUGCACGCUCCAGUCAUUGCCAAGGCUAUUCCAGCCUUGCCAGCAUUGCCAGCUUUGGCGGCUUUGCCAGCGCUCGCUCAUGGUCCUAUUGCCUCACCUUACUUGCACGGUUAAGGAAACUCUACAACCACACAAGAACCACAACAAAUACACUACACUUAGUCAAUUCACAUAUGAGAAAAUGUGAAGUAUUGCCGUUGCCGACCUCUUGCCGCUGCCAUCACCCUAUGUACGAAUGAAUGACAACAACAACAUUACACAUUACAACAUUACUAGCCCUCUGCAAGCCAACAAACCACCAAACAAACAAACAAACAGACAAACCGUCCGUCAAACGAAAGCAUUUGCAUUUGCUCCGCCUCCGGGUUUGAAGUGUUCUCGCAAGGCAGCAGACGGAAUUCUACUGUACAGGAAUCAACAAAGAAACAUAAGAGAAAACGUAUUACUUGUGGUGGUAGUCGUAGUUAACACAAACACUCUCACAUCACUUACAUACAUACGCACUUCGGAUUCGAAUUUCAGCUAGUGGUCUCCAC